AUGGAGGUCUCAGCAGCGCGGAGGUGCAGGCUGUCGCCGAGGGCCGCGCUCCGCCCCGGGGCCCCCGCCCCUGCCCCCGGCCCGGCCGCGGCCUCGCAGUUCACCCUGUUGGUGACGCGCCCCCGUGGAGGGCAGGACGAGGCUGUGGCCGAGGGCGCCCUGCGGCAGGCUCCGGCCCUGGGGGGCAGCGCCCGGGCUGCCCGAUCGGUACCUGUGCCAAGUGGCGGGGGGGAUGGCGAGGGGGAGGCGGGAGAAGAUGAGGCAGACCUGCUGGACACUUCGGACCCCCCGGGGGGAGGCGAGAGCACGGCUAGUCUGGAGGAUCUGGAGGACGAGGGGACCCACUCUGGGGGAGAGGGCGGCAGCGGUGGAGCCCGGAGACGGGGCAGCGUGAGCAAGACCUGCACCUAUGAGGGCUGCAGCCAGACGCCGAGCCAGGUGGCCAAGCAGCACAAGCCGUGGAUGUGCAAGAAGCACCGCAACCAGAUGGACGAGGAUAAGUACAAGAAGCAGAAAAGCCACCAGGCCCCGAACUGCGGUGGGGCCGCCCAGCCUGGUGGCGCAGGAAACGUCAAACUCGAGGAAAGUGCAGGUAAUACACUCUCCACUGUUAAACAGAGAACAGGAUCUUUGGGGGAUCGACCUGCAAGACCUACUCUUUUAGAACAAGUGUUAAAUCAGAAAAGACGGUCAUUACUAAGAAGUCCAGAAGUGGUGCAGUUUUCACAGAAACGGCAGCAACUCCUAAUUCAGCAAGUUUUGGAGCAAAGACAACAGCGGUUUCCAGGAACAUCAGUGUGA